AUGCCGCGCGUAAAAGGGAAGCCAAGGCGAGUUAUUAUUCAAAAUUCACCAGAAAUAUUCAGCUGGUCUGACGACGAAACAGAUGGAUUGAGAAAAGGAGAGACUGAAAAAAAUGAAGUUUCUCUGCAAGAAACUGUCCAGAAAUCUGGAUCUCAGCAGGGCUCGGAAUCCGGGAAAACUGGUGCUGAGAAAAAUCCUAUUCCAGGACCUUCGUCAAAGGAUUCAAAUUUGAAGAGAAACAACGACCGUGCCAAGAAGGAAACCCAGGAGAAAAAAUCCACUUCGAUUGAUGCGGACUCUAACAAAAUCAGAAAAAAGAUAGAAGUGAAGAAGCACAAUAAAGAGUUGAAAAAGUGCACCACCCAUGGUUGCAAGAUCUAUUUCGUCUCAGAUCAGAAGAGAAGCGAACACGAGCAACAGGAGCAUCAGGAACGAAAGGAAUUCCAAUGCCAAUUUUGCCAUUACUCGGUAGAGCAGAAGGGUGACUUGAAUAGACAUGUUCUUCGGAAGCAUUCGGAGAAGAAAAUCAAAUGCAGACAGCAAAAGUGUGGCAAGAUGUUUGCUUCAAAGGCGGAUUUUAGAGAUCAUGUCAGGAGGUAUCAUAAAAUGGCAAAAUGUCCCAAAUGCUGUAGAAAAAUGAGCCUGAAAGCAAUGUACGAUCACAACCGGUAUGGAAGAUGUCCUGGAAAGGUGGUGGAAGUGUGA